GGAUACAGGCAAACUCAGAUAGUUGAACUGUUAAAGUUUGGAUAAAUAUACUAGAAUGGGUAAAGAGCUCGAAAGUGACGAUAAAAACCCGUCUUAUCCUAAUGGGGAUAGUUCUGGUAAUACUGAAAGACGCACAAGCAAGUCUAGUAAAGCAUCUAGCGAUUAUCAUUGCAAAGAAGAAGGAAAAUAUGGUUGGUUUAAUUUCACUCCAGAUUGGCUUCAAAGAUUUAACAACCCUAAAGGAUUUUUAGCGGCUUUCGGAUUCUUCUCAAUAACUCAAGGUAUGCUGGUCAAUGGCCUUGUCAACGUUAGCAUCACAACUCUCGAAAGAAGAUUUCAACUCACCAGCUUUGAAUUGGGAAUUGUUGGAUGCAGUUACGACAUUGCAUUUUGUCUUCUGUGUUUAUUUGUUACAUAUUACGGCAACCACGCCCACAGGCCUCGUUUAUUGGCAAUUGGAUCAGUAAUUAUGGGAACAGGAGCUAUAGUAUUUGCUUUACCACACUAUAUCACUGGAAAUUAUAAAUACGAAACUGAGUUUUCAGAUAGCUGCAUUAGAGAUGGGCCAACAAGCAGUUGUUCAAGUGAUGGAGACGAAGAAAAUCUCCAUGCAUUUUUAUACGUUCUAAUAUUAGGCCAGCUACUUCAUGGAACUGGGGCCACUCCGCUUUAUACGCUUGGUUAUGCGUUUAUGGAAGACAGUGUCAAGAAGGAAGAAGCUUCAAUGUAUUUAGGUCUUGCAAAUGCUCUAUCAAUUUUCGGUCCCGUUCUUGGAUAUAUUAUUGGAGGUUAUCUCUUAUCAAUAUAUGUUGACUUUGAUUCCCCAGAGGCUAUGGCUAGUCUCACCUUGGAACCAAGUGAUCCUAGAUGGGUUGGGGCUUGGUGGGUUGGAAUGCUACUUGCAGCAGGAAUGGCCUAUGGACUUGUUACAGGACCAAUGUCUGGAUUUCCAAAGCAAUUGCCUGGCACAGCUAGAAAUCGAGCAAUGCGCGAAUCUGAAGUACAUGCAAGUGCCGGAGCAGAAGUAACAGAACAACAAGGGUUUGGAAGAGGCAUCAAAGAUUUUCCGAUCGCAUUAAUAAAAAUGUUGAGCAAUCCUACUUUUAUGUUGACGACGCUUGCAGGUUGUACAGAGACUCUUGUUAUUAGUGGCUUUGCUACUUUUCUGCCAAAGUUAAUCGAAAAUGAGUUCAGACAAACGGCUGGAGCAGCGGCAUUGCUCGCGGGAGUUAUCAGUGUUCCAGGUGGAGUAGUUGGACACGUUCUGGCAGGAUAUUUGGUGAAACGUUUUAAUAUGUCGACGACAGAUAUCUUGAAAUAUUGUGUUGUCUGCUGCAUUAGUGUAAUCGCGUUGUCACCAAUUCUACUUCUGCAUUGCGAUGCGUCUGCAGUGGCUGGAGUAAAUGUUCCUUACGGCAAUUCCAGCAAUGUUCCUGAUCCUGCAGAUCUCAACAAUCCGUGUAACGCUGGUUGUGAUUGUCAAGAAGCAUAUUUUAUGCCAGUAUGUGGUGAAGAUGGCAAAGGAUAUUUUUCUGCUUGCCAAGCUGGCUGUGAUGUUAUCGAAAACACAACGAUGUAUUUCGACUGUACUUGCAUCACGACGGGAAAUAACACUGCAACAGAAGGCUUGUGUGAAGAACAAUGUAACUUGGUUGCUCCAUUUUUAGUUGUUUUCUUUCUUGUAGUCAUGAUUUGUUUUAUGUCAACUGCACCCGCUCUGGUCGUCACAUUCAGAUGCGUUCCGGAUUCUCAACGUUCAUUUGCUAUUGGUGUACAAUGGUUGUUUAUGCGAGCGUUUGGAAGUAUUCCUGGUCCUAUAAUUUUUGGUGCCGUUAUUGACACGACAUGUAUUCUCUGGCAAGAAAAGUUGUGUAAUCGCGGGAGAGGUUCUUGCUGGAUAUAUGACAACAAUAAUAUGGGAUUGUAUAUGCUGCUUAUAGGGCUUUGUGGGAAACUGCUCUCCGUGGUUUUAUUUGGAUCCGCGGCUUAUUUUUAUAAACCAAUGAAAUCGGACGAAGACAAAGACGAUAUUUCAAUGGAUGACCCUCAAAAAGAAAAUGGCAUAAAAUUUGAUUACGAUAAUGAAGGGUUCACGGCCAACGAUGAUGAGCAAUCAAUUGACAAUGACCCUAUUUCAAACGGGAAGGAUAUUCCAGUCACAAGCCUAUGAUGCAGAUAGUUUAAACAUACCAAUUUUUUUUAACAUUUAUGGAGCAAAACUUGACCACCAAAUGUAAUGAAUACCAAAAAGUUACAAUGAGAUAAACAAUUCCUACCUUCGAUGGUAAUUUAAAAUUCCAUGUUCUUAUAAACACAUGGAGAAUGUAAUAUAUUAGAUACCUUUUCUUAGGUCAAGACUUCCAGCACGGCUAGAGUUUUAGGCAGGGUGAUGAAUAGCUAGCGUACUGAACAUCACACUAUGCUGAACUUGUAAUUAUCCCCAAAAAUUGUUAUUAAAAAUUAUAAUUAAAGAUUAUAAUUGAGGCUCUUUCUAUGAUGCAACGUUUGUAAGGAAAUAUCUCAACUUCUAUUUUGUUCAAAAGCAAUUUUUAAUCUUAUUCUAUGCAAUUUUUAACUUGUAAAUAUUUUCAAUCGAGAUAUCUCGUUAUAAUAAUGUAAGUUUUAUGCUUCUGAAUUUAAUUAAUGCAAAAUAUUGCACCGUGGUAAAACUUCUCUCAUCUGAACUUCGAAAGACAAUGUCAGUCAAUCAGAAGCGGCUAGCGCUAACGGGAAUUCAAAUUCGGAAGUGAGCGUAAGAUGAAGAGUUUGGAAGGAAGUUAUGUUGUACAAGUUCUCGAUUUGUGUUUACGGUAUUCGAAAGACUGGUCAUUGUGAUACAAUCAAGUCCGAACGCUUUGAGACACAUGGUGGUAUUUCAAGUUCUUUCUUUACAGUGCCUUCAUUUUUAGAAAUAUAUA